CAUAUCAUCUUGCCCCUUGUCUCGUUAGAUACAGACUGGCCGACUUUUAUUUUCUCUUACAUUCAGUGAUCCCUACUCGGCUCUGUUGGUGUAGGAAUAUGUUCUGACUGGCUCGAACCAAAUCAUCCGUAGUUAUUACCUCUCUUUUCUGAUUAUCAUCACUCUUCGCAUUUCUUUAUUGUCCCUUUUUGCACUGGCCCUUAAAAUAGAUCAUCGUUUCUUCAUUCAUCAUGAGCUCCGGCAUCCCACCCUGGCGUGUUGCGGCUUCAGCCACCGCUACCACUUCAAUUCACUCUGGUCAUGUGGCCCCAGCUUAUAUCCCAGUGCAAGCACGCCGUAGUAUCGCGCCCACAAAAGCCACCAACCCUGUUCCUUCUUCUACACCCCCGACGACGUCUGCCGAUGCCGCCACCCGCAAAAAAGUAGAAUUUCCAGAAGCCGUCCGCAAAUAUGUGCAACGCAGCUUUGCGCCCGAAAACCGCCUUCCCACGGUCGACCGGAGUGAGAUGGAGGCGAAACUCAAAUCAGUCAUCACGGAGGCAGCAGAGGGUAAUAUGCUCGAUAAGAUCGACUGGGAAACCCUGCCUCUGCCGCAGGUCAUGGUUCAAAACGAUCGCAACAUGGUGCUCGCCAGCCCAGGUGUCUCGACUUGGGCCACAUUUGGGACACAUUCGCCGAAGAAGUCUAGCACUCCAUUGGUUGACCUAUCGAAAAAGAGGAAAUCGGUGGAGUACCACGGAGACGCGAGCAGCUGUCCACCAUGGAGACAAACUAACAACCAGAAUGCCUUUGAAGACCGAGUCACUUAUCCUUCCACAGACAAGCGGCAGAAGAUGGACAGUAAGAACCCAAGUAAGUCAAAAGCUAAUCUGGAGAUGCGGAGGAAACGUUUCGAGGACGCCCAAGGACGACAUGGAUCUUCACCCUCUUCCCGCGGUGCAUCACCGACCCCCAAUGCAAACCAAGGCCCUGUUGUCGGAAGGUGCCAGGAGCUCGAGAAGAAUUACUUCCGCCUGACUUCUGCACCGAAUCCGGAUACCGUUCGUCCCUUGCCGGUCUUGAUGAAAACAUUAGACCUACUGAAGAAGAAAUGGAAAAAGGACAACAACUAUGGCUAUAUCUGUGAUCAGUUCAAAUCCCUCCGUCAAGAUUUGACUGUACAGCAUAUCAGGAACGAAUUCACUGUCAGCGUCUAUGAAAUCCAUGCCCGAAUUGCCCUAGAGAAAGGUGACCUUGGUGAGUAUAAUCAGUGCCAGACUCAACUACGAGCGUUGUAUGCACAGCAACUUGGCGGUCAUCCUACGGAGUUCAAGGCCUAUCGUAUCCUCUAUUUCAUCCAUACCCGCAACUGGACGGCCAUGAACGAUGCCUUGGCCGAUCUAACUGCAGCAGACAAACGGGAUCUUGCUGUGAAACAUGCGUUGGAUGUCCGUUCCGCUCUUGCUCUUGGGAACUAUCACCGUUUCUUCCAGCUUUAUCUCGACACCCCGAAUAUGGGGGCUUAUCUAAUGGAUAUGUUCGUGGAUCGUGAGCGACUUUCUGCACUUGCAGCAAUUUGUAAAGCGUACAAACCUGAUGUAAACAUCCGUUUCAUUACUGAAGAACUUGGUUUCGAGUCCGACGAGCAGAGCGCCCGUUUCAUUUUGGACCAUACUUCGGAGGACCUCCUCCAAGAGAAAGAUGGCGUGGUGAGACUGCUUACGGGUGGCAGGGCCGGCCAACUGUUCGAAGGAGCCAAGGCCGAGGCCCACCGAAUUGUCGAUAUCAAGGGACAGAUCUAAGUUCCGUAUCUCUCGAUUUUACUUCUUUUUUCUUUCUCUCCUUGCAACCUGCGGUUUCACUUUCACCUUCCGACACCCCUUUCACCAUUCUGGAUACACCUAGCACACCCCAGCUUUCCCCCUUCUGUUCGUUUCUUCAGGGCGCUUGGAGUUCUGUUCGUUCUAUUUCCUUGCUUCCGGCAUUAGAGGCGUCCUGCAUUAACCGCUUACGAUCUGAGUACAUAUACCCAUUUUGACUUGAGGAGGAUUGGUAGUGCACAGAGAAGAAAAAGUCGAUGGAUGAAAGGCAGAAGUGGGUAUAGGGGAAGGCGUCUGACGUUUGUUUGAUAACAUUUCGGUAGCGCAGCUGUCAAUACAAUGAUCAUUGUCAAUUCUAAAA